GUGGCUCACGGCAUCUGCUGGAUUUAUAAACCUGCUGCUCAGCACAGCCGAUGCUCUUCUCACUCGCUAUGCUGGAUCACCACAGUCUCCGCUCUACUCCCUCAGCACCAGCUAACACCAUGCUGGGCCUUCUGCUCAUCCUCUCGCUCACUGAGAGUGUCCAUCCUCAGCGGUUGAGUGGGCAGCUACGUGACGGUUCUUGUGUGUGUGAUGCGAGUAGCCUCGCGUGGACUUUCCCCGCUGUAAAAUAUGAAAACGUAUCCAAUCUGGUGCAGGACUGUGGGGAUGCUCUUCACAAGCUCCAAGCACAGGUUGAGGAGACGGAAGCUACGAUGCCACAACUUUUGGCCAAUGUUGUAAAUGUGACGCGGCGUCUGGGCCAGUUCCAGUACCUGAACUCUAACGGCCUGUACAACGCGCUCCACCUGAAGCAGCUCAGCGCAGAGCUAGACCAGCUCCAGCAGGUCGCAGACAUCACCCACAAUGACAGCCCAUCUAAAGACACCGUGAAACUCACCACAGAGAUUGCCCAAGCUAAAGUGAAUGUAGAGAAGAUGUACAAAGACAACGUCUUCAAUCUGGAGACGGUGAAAGAAAACUUACGCCGACUGAACAACCGUGUGCAAUCCUGUCGCACCAUCCCCACAGAAUUUAGAAGCACCUGUUCUCAGCGCAUCAUGACCAACAUCAGCGCCGCCGUCGUCACCAAGCUCAGCUCUUACGGGAAGUCCUACAUAGCGGGGGCCUGGGGGCGCGAGACCAAGCUGGGCAGCGAGGACCGCUACUGGGUCCAGCCGCUCACCAGCGGCCAUCGCUCCGGGAACGUCAUGCGGACGUACAGCUCCUUCGGCGACUUCAUGGCGUUCAAGAACUACAAGGACGAGUCCAUCGCGCCCUCCAACACCCACGUCAACGCCAUCCAGGGCCCGGGCACUCUGCUGUACGGAGAAGCUGUUUUCUACCAGUGCUACAACACACGGGAGCUGUGUCGCUUCGACCUCAAGACCCAGACCACGCUACGCAAGGCGCUCCCCGACGCCGGUUUCAACAACCAGUUCCCCUACUGUUACUACACCUGCUUCGACUGGAGCGACAUCAACCUGUCGUCCGACGAGCGAGGCCUGUGGGUCAUCUACUCCACGCUGGCUAACCACGGCAACCUGGAGGUGAGCCUGCUGGACGCCGACUCGCUCAACGUCACGCACACGUGGAAGACGCACCUGUUCAAGAAGUCCGUGACCAACGCCUUCAUGGUGUGCGGGGUCCUGUACGCCACACGCUUCGUGGACACGUACCGCGAGGAAGUGUUCUACGCCUUCGACACCACCACGGGUCACGAGGACAACAGCUUGGCUCUGCCUCUGGAGAAGGUGGCCGCACGGGUAGCCAAUCUGCAUUACAACCCCCAGGACAGAAGGCUGUACAUGUACAAUGAAGGCUACCUUCUGGCCUACCAAGCUGUCUUCUAAAGUCUAUGAGCGUCUUGGACCUGUGCUUUCAUGUACUGGCAAUAAAAGAUGUUUGUGGA